CGAACGACUGCUUCUCUCUCAAUAUGUGCAGAUUUUAAAAGUGAAGGAUUCUCCUGUUGAUGGAAUGACAAACAUCCGAGCAGAGAGGAGAAAGACCCGUAAACAUGGAACAUGACAAACUUAUGGACAUCAUUAAACAAAAUCUUAAAGCCAGUCUUCAGAAAAAAUGUACCUGGACGUACGAGGGAACGUCAGACGGUUGGAUGAAACUCCAGGAUGUUUACACCAAGCUCUUCAUUGUGCAACAGGCUGAACAACAAGGCUGCAUCCAGCACGAGAUUCUGCAUCAUUUUAUGCUCCCUGAUGAGAAGUCACCAUAUAUGGAGUCAAACUAUGAGCAGAUCAACAGUCUGGACAUUUUUAAACCAGGGAAAAAACAUUUCCAACAACAAUCAGCACAGUGUAAAUCCAUCCAAAGAGUGAUGACAAAAGGCAUUGCUGGUAUCGGGAAAACGUUUGCCGUCCAAAACUUUUCUCUAAACUGGGCAGAGGGCAAAUCCAAUCAGCACAUUGAUUUAAUCUUCGUCCUCCCUUUCAGAGAGCUGAACAUGAUCAAAGACGGGGAACACAGUCUGCUGCAGCUCCUCCUUUACUUCUACCCUGAACUCAAACCACUCAGAGAUGCAAAACUGCUGAUGAACGAGAAAAUUCUCUUCAUCCUUGAUGGUCUGGAUGAAAAUCGAUAUCCACUGGACUUUAAAGAAGCCAUGAGUGUGACUGAUAUAAAUCAGAAAACUACGGUUGAUGUGUUGCUCAUCAACCUGAUCAGAGGCAAUCUGCUGCCUGAUGCUUUGCUGUGGAUCACAUCCAGACCUGCUGCAGCCUCCCAGAUUCCCUCGAAAUACAUUGACCAGGUGACAGAAGUUCAGGGAUUCACCGACCAAGAAAAGAACAACUACUUCCGAAAGAGACUGAGUUCUGUCCAGAAGGCUGAAGAACUGCUGUCAGCUCUCAGAGGGAUGAUAAGCUUCCAUUUAAUGGGACAUAUCCCGGUGUUUUGUUGGGUUAUUGCCGAGGUAUUUAAGACGGGAUGGAAUGACCGAAGAAUCACAACAAUGACUGAGUUGUACAUCUAUUAUGUCCUGAUCCAAACCAAAAGAACAGCACAGAAAUAUGAGUCAAAGAGUUCCAAGAAAGAAUCCCGAAAGAGAAUGUCCCAUCUUCAGACCACUGGUUUACUGUUGAACCUCUCCAAACUGGCCUGUGAGCAGCUUCAUAAAGGAAACAUCAUCUUCUAUGAGGAAGACCUCGCAGAGUGUGGCAUCGAUGCUGAUGAUGCUUCUUUGUUUUGUGGGCUUUGCUCAGAAAUCCUGAAGCAAGAAUUUGGUCUGUACCAAAAGAAGAUGUUCAGUUUUGUGCAUUUGAGCUUUCAGGAGUUUCUAGCUGCUGUUUACGUUUCCCACUGCUGCAAGACGAACGACCUUGGUCCUCUGAGGUCGUUUCUGGGCGUUGACCCUGCAGAGAUGAGCUUCCUGGAGCUGCAGAAGAAGGUUGUAGAUAAAUCUGUGCAGAGUGAGAAGGGCCAGUUGGACCUGUUUCUCUGUUUCUUCCUUGGACUCUCACUGAGGUCAAAUCAAGAAAUGAUCCAAGUUUUGCUUCCCCAGACAGACAGCAGCUCAGACAAUACUGACAGUUUAAAGGCCUACAUAAGGAAUUUUCAUGCUGAUAACAUCCCAUCAGAGAGGUGCAUUAAUCUUUUCCUUUGCAAGUUUGAGCUCAAAGAAAGAGAAUUUCAGGAUGACAUUGGGAAGUAUCUGAAGUUGGGAGUGAGACUGUCAACCAUUGACUGCUCAGUGCUGUCAACGCUGCUGCAGAUGUCAGGGGAGGUGAUGGAAGAGCUCGAUCUGACCAGAUGCUGCAUACUGGAUUCUGGGACUGAGAAGCUUCUUCAGCUAGUAGGGAACUGCAAGAAGGCUGUACUCAAGAGUAGACAUGUGCUGGACUUUAACCUCCACAUACUGCUGUCCAUCCUCCAGUCAGAGGAUUCAAACCUGCAGGAACUGAGUCUGCACGGCGCUCACAGCGUACAGACGCCUCUUCCUUUUCAACUCUUCGCUGUGCUGGAAAGCCCUGUGUGUAAACUGCAGACCCUCAGAUUGUCUGGUUUCUCUCUGGACUUCAUGAGGUGGCGCCAACUUGCCUCUGUGCUUCAACUCAAACAGUCCAACUUGACAACAUUGGACUUGACAAACUGUGCUUACAGUUAUGUUAGGAAUUACUCUGGGAAUAUUUUAGAACAGGAGAAGAAGGAAAAAUAUGAAGAUUUUAUUGACGAAGCGACUCCAUUGACCCUGAUUUCUGCUGGAUCGAUUGGGUCUCUUUGUAAACUGAAAGAAUUUGGUUUGAAGAGCUGUAAUCUGAGAAGUGGAUGCUGUCAGGUGUUUGCCUCAGCUCUUAGCUCCAACAGCCAGCUGAGAAAACUGGAUCUGAGUUACAACCAGAUCCAGGAUUUGGGAGUGCAGCUCCUCUGUGUUGGACUGGGGGAUUCAAACUGCCGGUUGGAGUCUCUCAGAUUGUCAUGCUGUGGGAUCUCACAGGAAGGAUGUGCCUCUUUGGCCUCGGCUCUGAAGUCCAACCCUCUCCAUCUCAUGGAGCUAGACGUUAGCUACAACCAUCCUGGACAGCUUGGAGUCAAGAUGCUCCUUGAGAGACUGGAGGACCCAAAAUGCAGACUGGAUAAACUCAAUGUGGACCAUGAUGAAGAUUAUUGGAUCAACCCACAGCUUCUGAACAAAUACGCCUGUGAUUUGACCUUUGACACCAAUACUGCCAAUGAAUACCUCAUCCUGUCUGAGGGCAACAGAACCGCUAGUUUGAUGGAGGAAAAGCAGAAGUAUCCUGACCACCCAGAGAGGUUUAAAUAUGAGGGUCAGGUGAUGUGCAGAGAAGCUCUGACUGGACGCCAUUACUGGGAGGUGGAGGGAACGUCGGUCAAAAACAUGGGAGUGGCUUUUCAGGAGGUUAGGAGGAAAGGAUGCGACUUUCAGAUGGACUGGAGCGAUAAGACCUGGAUGCUGCAUAACUAUUUACUGCAUGGUUUUACGUUUCGCCAUGGACAUCAGGAAGUCUACGUUCCCAUCACAUUUAUUGAUGAGCAAGAAUUCGUGGCCCGACCCCGACCCAUGAGAGUUGGACUGUUUCUGGACUGGCCAGCUGGUAUUCUGUGUUUUUACUGGCUGUCUGGUGACACAAGAACUCUGCUUCACACCUUCCACUCAACUUUUACUGAGCCUGUUUACCCAGCAUUCACUGUUCAGGCCUUUUCUUUGACUCUGCUGGCUGUUGAGAAACUGGAACCAGACCAGGUUCUCUUGGGCUUCACACCUGAGGUGAGCAGAGAGAGGAUGGGCGUCUCUUACAGCUUCCAGUUUCCUGGUUCAGGCCUGUUCCGGUGUUCUCUGACUGGUCUGGUGUUCGGAGUGACCCGGGAGGCGGAGCUGACGUACAAAACUCAAAUCUGGGAUGAGAAGCUGCUGCAGACGGCGAACAAGCUGCCAGGCGGACCUUUGUUCAGCAUUGACUGUCCUCAGGACUCCAUCAGAGAGCUGCAGCUGCCGCACUGUGAGCCUGGAGCAGCCCUGCUGCCUGACUGCCUCUCUGUCGGCCACAUCACUGAUGAUGGGAUGAGCGUCCUUCCGCCACUGAGGGUCACAGAAACCCACGUGGUGGUGAGAGUCUCACACCUUUCUGGCUUCGGCAUUGUGUUGGACCGGAUCAAGAAGUUCCUGACCAAGCCGAUUCGGGGCCAAGUUCUGCUGUUCCUGAGACAGCUGCAGCGACCUCUCAGCAUCCUCAGUGUGAUUCUUCUGCCCAGCAACGUUCCUCUCCAGGAUGUGAAAGAGCAGCACACCGGCUCAAAGUUCAUCCAGGCUCCAUCCUUCUGCUCCUUCCACAAAGGGAAAACCUACCGCCUCCACAGCGACCCGGCGGGCCUCACCAUCCAACCCAAAACAGUUCAGUUCUUUGAAAACUAUGGACCAAAUUACCACGCCACGUUUGAGGUCACGCUGUCGACGAGAACGGAGGACGUGACUGUGAUGGUCCAGAGUCCGGAGGAGGAAAACGUCUGGGACUACGCCCUGCACCUGCCAGCUCCAGCUUCUCCUGAUCCGGUGGACCAAAGGCGACUGCGGCUCGGGGAAAGUUUGUCAGCAGAGGAGAAACUGAGAAGCAUCCAGCCGGACUUCAUCGAUCACGUGUCCAACCCAGUUCUGGACAAACUGCUGGACGAGCUGCAGCACUACAGGGUGAUAUCAGAUGCUGAAGCGGACCAGAUCAGAACCAAACCCAGAGCAGAAAAAGCCAGAGAGCUGAUUGACUCAGUGAGGAAGAAAGGAGCAGAGGCCAGCUCCAGAAUGACCUCUGCCCUCUGCUCCAACGACCCGUAUCUGAGCAGCGAACUGGGCUUACUGUGACGGACAGAACCAGACAGAACCAGACAGAACUGGAUGGAACCGGACGGAACCGGACAGAACCAGACGGUACCGGACGGAACCGGUUCUGUCUAGAAUUUGAUUCUUGUAAAGUGUCUGAGGUUUUAUUAUUUUUUGAAAAGUCAUAAUAAGGUUUAUUAUUAUUAUUAUUAUUAUUAUUAUUAUUAUUAUUAUUAUUAUUAUUAUUAAGAACCUUAAUAAUAAUUAGUGUCUUGGUUCUGUAACAUUAACAACUGCACUUGUUUAUUUUGCAUUUAGAUGAUUUGUUUAUGGUGCAGAUUCAGUGGAAGAACUACAGUUGUGUUUUUAAUCUUAGAAAAUAAAGUAAAAAAUCAUCUGGACACAAAAAUGACAUGAAUUGAUUAUUAUGGUGGUAAUAUUUAAGCUUCUGACUCCAACAUGACUCUGAAUUGUUCAUGCUGUAACAUCAACCCCACAGAUCCUCCCUGGUUUAACCCGUCAUGAACUCUGCUGUUCGCUUCAUGUGCUGAGUGAAGGAGAAACUUUGACAAACGAGGCCUGGAAAACGUCCUGGGUGGAAAAACACAGAGACGCCACAGAGCUUAGCAGAACCAGACAGAACCCUGAUCAGCUGGCCUGCAACCUGUCCACAGAGCAGCUCUCCACUUCAUCUGAUUAAUAUUAAUCAUUUAAAAACGUCUCUAAUUUAUUAUAAAUCUCCAGAGUUUUACUGUAGUAAGUACAGCUGUAGCAUAAACAACAUUGCUGUCACUUUAACACUUCAGAACAGUCCAGACUUGCUGAGGCGGUUCUGAAACCCAGACCUGGUCUUCCAGGCACCAGUUGAACCAGAUGUUGGUGUUCGUUUGGGGGUUCACUAAUCUCCCAAAUGGCAGGUACAUAAUGUGCCAUUUAGGAUCAUCCCCAGAUGAUCCUAAAUGGCAGGCACUUCUGUUGCCAUGGCUCCAAUAGUCUAGUGGCUGUUUUUCAUCAGUUGGAUGGGCAAAAGGUGUGUUGAUGGGCAAAAGGUGUGUUGAUGGGCUUCCUGUCUGAGCAGGUUUUCCUCUAACACAAUGGUGGGAGAAGGUGAGCGGCUACAGUAGUCUAGUGGUUCCUGUGGAAGCACGGAUGCAAGCAGAGCUGCUAUACACUCUGAGAGCUAUUACCACAUAAAUGGAAGGCACUUUAAGAAGGGUUCCAGUCAUCUAGUGGUCCUGCUCCAGAUACAUCCACAGCUAAUGGAGACAAUGGACGGUGUUGAUUGCAUUAUGGGAAAUAUGCCAUUUGGGAAGCAAGCACUUUAGGAUGGCAAACACUUUAGUUAUGCUGGCUCCAAUAGUCUAGUGGCUCUUUACAGCAUUGAAUUCAAUGACUCGGAAACUGCAAAAAGGUGGAACGAUAAUUGGGUGGCGAUGAUGUACAAACUGCCUACAAACUAUAAAAAUGUCUCCAAAAUCUUCUCUCUGUGAUAUUUUGGCUCUUAGUAAAUAGAAAUAAUUCUGGUGAUUCUAACUGACAAAGAAAGAAAUGUGUUGGUGUUUUUUCAUUUAUUGUAAAAAUAUCUGGUUCAGCUCAAUGGAUGAACGUUUGUAUGACUAAAACAUAUUUUUUGCAGGUUUUGCAUUUUCUGUGGCAGAGAAAAUAACAAAUAAGUUUGAAGAUUUGUUCUUUCUUUUUACUUUGAUCUGUACAGCAGUGUCUGAUUUUAUGCAUAUAUUAUUGAGCCUGACUGAAUAUUUUGUUUCAUUAACAGAUUUAUGAAAACUUGAUCUUUAGGAAAUGUUCCAGUUUUCUGCAGAUUUCCUGUCUAGUUAAAUCAGACUCUCAUGGAUGUUUUGCUUUAGACAGACACUCUGCUAUGGAUUUGAUAUAAUUGUUUUAACAGAUUAAUCUCAUGCUACAACAUGCAGAUGCUCAGUUUGCACUGAAAAAGUUUUUUUGCUUCAGCUUGGUAAAGCAGCUGAUCAACCAAUAACUGUUUAAUCACUUCAGGACUUUAUAGUCUAUAAUCAACUAACAGUUCAAGUUGGGAAAAUGUUUUCUGUUUCAAUCCUUCCCAACAAGUCAAACUUGUUCAAUGUUUUUCUCCUUGUUCUGACACUGAACCUGCUCUUCUCGUCUGAAGAAGCUCACAUGAAGAUGAUUUUGUCAGCAAUGCUCAGACUUUGAUAUAAAUUAUUCUGACUUUAUUAUUAUUGUCCCUCCUUAAAUGACUGACAUGUUUUUCAUUUAUCUUCAUCUCAGUAGAUUUAUGGACAUCAGGUGUUGAAAAGACAUUAGAAACUUUCCCACAUUAAAGUGCAGCAACAGUUUGUUUUCUAAAAUCAUUGAUUUUGUCUUUCCACCUUAAUAUUGUGAUAAUAUUCAGUUUUAUGCUCCUUGCUCAGUAGAGUCAGGAUUUUUCCUGUUUUUCAGCUCAAAGAGGAAAGAAGAAAACAGUUGGAUAUCAGAGAAUAUCACAAAAUUCUCUGAUAUUCUGACUGUGGAACCGUCAUAUCAGGCACAAACAGAUCAGCAUUUCUUAAAGCAGAUGAUUAUUUUCUAACAGUUGGUUCUGAUCCGUUUUUAACUGGGUGGAAAGUUGAAAAUGUGAAACUGCUUGGUGAUGAAAUCCACGUUACAGACGAUUAAUGCAGCUGCAUGACUUUAUUAAAGAGAUUUUAUUUUAUUAUAUUAAGUGCAACUUUAAAAAGAAAAACAUUUAUAUUUUAUUACAUCUCUAUUACUAAUUGCAGCCACUUUGGACAUAAUGAUUAAUCUGAUCUGGCAUCAGCAGCUGCUGCCUGCAGUACUCCUCCCCUCCACCAGAGGGAGGUAGAGACUAAUCUAACGUCUAAGAAGCGGCAUGAGGAAUACACAUAUUAAAAAUC